GCGGGAGGGGGAGGGGCGCCCGCGCAGGAGACCAAGCGCCCAGCCCCGCCGCGGACCAUGGUGCAGCAGGCCGAGAGCUCGGAAGCCGAGAGCAACCUGCCCCGGGACGCGCUGGACACCGAGGAGGGAGAGUUCAUGGCGUGCAGCCCGGUGGCCCUGGACGAGAGCGACCCGGACUGGUGCAAGACGGCGUCGGGCCAUAUCAAGCGGCCCAUGAACGCCUUCAUGGUGUGGUCCAAGAUCGAGCGCAGGAAGAUCAUGGAGCAGUCGCCCGACAUGCACAACGCCGAGAUCUCCAAGAGGCUGGGCAAGCGCUGGAAGAUGCUGAAGGACAGCGAGAAGAUCCCGUUCAUCCGGGAGGCGGAGCGCCUGCGCCUCAAGCACAUGGCUGACUACCCCGACUACAAGUACCGGCCGCGCAAAAAGCCCAAGACGGACCCGGCGGCCAAGCCCAGCGCGGGCCAGAGCCCCGACAAGAGCGCGGCGGGCGCCAAGGCGGCCAAAGGCCCCGGCAAGAAGUGCGCCAAGCUCAAGGCGCCGGCGGGCAAGGCGGGCGCGGGCAAGGCAGUGCAGCCCGGCGACUGCGGCGCGGGCAAGGCGGCCAAGUGCGUCUUCCUGGACGACGACGACGACGAAGACGAUGAGGACGACGAGCUGCAGCUGCGGCCCAAGCCGGACGCGGACGACGACGACGACGAGCCCGCGCACUCGCACCUGCUGCCGCCGCCGGCGCAGCAACAGCCCCCGCAGCUGCUCAGGCGCUACAGCGUGGCCAAGGUCCCCGCCAGCCCCACGCUCAGCAGCGCGGCCGAGUCCCCCGAGGGUGCGAGCCUGUAUGACGAGGUGCGCGCGGGCGGCCGGCUCUACUACAGCUUCAAGAACAUCACCAAGCAGCAGCCUCCGCCCGCGCCCCCCGCGCUGUCGCCCGCGUCCUCACGCUGCGUGUCCACCUCCUCCUCCAGCGGCAGCAGCAGCGGCAGCGGCGCCGAGGACGCCGACGACCUCAUGUUCGACCUGAGCUUGAAUUUCUCCCAGGGCGCGCACAGCGCCUGCGAGCAGCCACUGGGCGCGGGCGCGGCGGGGAACCUGUCCCUGUCGCUGGUGGAUAAGGACCUGGAUUCCUUCAGCGAGGGCAGCCUGGGCUCCCACUUCGAGUUCCCCGACUACUGCACGCCGGAGCUGAGCGAGAUGAUCGCGGGGGACUGGCUGGAGGCGAACUUCUCCGACCUGGUGUUCACGUAUUGAGGGGCACAGGGCUCCUCGGGAGGCAUUCGUGGCGGUCAGGAUAAAGAGAAUGGUGGGGGGGGGGGAGGGGAGAAGAUGCUCAUGGUCAGAGAUGUGGCGCAGAGAAAUUGGAAACGGUGAUGAAAUAUUGGUGGAGUUAAAGUGAAAUGAGUAGUUUUAAACAGAUUUUCCUGUUUUGUUUUGUUUUUUUUUUAAUUUAAAAAAAAAUUUUUUGGGUCUCCCCACCCUUCCCUUUAUGGUGUCUCAAGGUAGUUGCAUACCUAGUCUGGAGUUGUGAUUUCCCCCACCCCUAAGAAAACGUGUUUUGUAAUUUCUAUUUCUUUUUUUCCUGAAAUUCGUGAUUGCAACAAAGGAGGAGGGGACCGGGCGGGGGAGGGGAGGAGGCCCGCUCCGGAAGGCGCUGUUUGAAGCUUGUGGCUUUUUGAAGUCUGAAAGACGUCGGCAGAGGACCCUUUUGGCGGCACAACUGUUACUCUAGGGAGUUGAUUUUUGUUUUUUUUUCUUAAGAGAUCUAAAAAAGAAC